GGAAUCACAACAUAUAGCUUAAUUUUGAGUGGGGGCAAAUACUUAAUAUGUUUGUGUCUGCAAUUUUAAAAUGGUUAAAAUCUGUUGAAUUUGAAAAGCGCUUAGUUAUCAAAUAUGGGAGACGUCUCCUCUUAGUUGACAACCUUUCCAAAUGAAUUGAAGAUGUUAAUUUACAUUUGAAUACUUCACUGGGAAAAUCUUGAAGUUUGAUUAACGGCUAUACUCUAUAGGAGACUGAAGCGAAAAUAUAUUUUUAGGAGGUUGUAGGGCAGUAAAUGAUGAUUUUGUAAAAUCUCAUUGUCUCUUGUGUCAGCAGCAGUGAAAAAAGGAAUUAGAAUAAUUGUUUUAAGUAAGUAAAAAUACUUCAGUUAAAAAGUCUGCUUUUCGUUUGAUUACUCAGGCAAAUGAAUCGCAUUUUUGACGGCUUUAACAUACUCGAAAACUUCGUGGGUGUGUCCGGCCUGAGGAAGAUGUAUCUAUUCUGGAGUAACUCGAAAUGGGCGUGGCAAAAUGGCUCAACAGCGCCCCCUUAAACGCAGCAAUUCUGUCUGGCUUAACCAAGCUUCACGAAAUUCGGUACACACUUGUAUCAUGACUUGUAUCAUGUAUGUUCAAGCCGUCCACAAAGCCACCAGCUUUGCUUCGACCUCAAUCUAAUUCUCCUGAAGUUCACUCCAGUCUGCCUGUAAACAGCAUUUGUUUCACAGAGCUUGAUAUUGAGGUCAGCACUGAAACUCUUCUCCUGUUCCAGCAGCAGUUCAAAGAGCUCCAGAUUUUGAAUUAGAAGAUUCUCUUUCUGCUGUCUGGAGUUCUGAUUCCCGCUCACUUGCCUCUAGAAUUAAAGUGUCAUCCGCCACCUUUUUCUCGUAUUGAAGGUCGUCAGCUCCUCACUGGGCCCCUGCUAGUCAAGUGUCAUAUUCUUGCAUAUAUCCGUUUGUAUAUUUCUUCGUCCUCUGUUACCUGUUAAACUGUGCUAUUUAAAUACUCGCACAACUCUUCUGUCAGUUUUAACGUUUCUUCCACUGUCUCCAAUUCUACACUCAUUCACCAUCAGUUGUUUUCUUUUGCAAAAUAUUACUUGGCGCUUGUUAUCCUCGUAAACGAUGAACAUUUAUUUCAUCUCCUGCCGUUCUUGUCUGCUCUUUAAUUCCUUCUCUUUUGCACUUUGCCCCCUUCUGCGAGGUACAGCGGAAAAUUAGGUUGUUAUGUUAUUAGUCUGAAUAUGUUAAACUGAAAGAAUAACACUUCUUUGUGACUUACUAUUUAACUCCACCCAGGCUUUAUAUAAAAGAACACUUAAAAGGAUGCAUUAAGCAAUAAUUCAUUGUUGUCAGUUUGCUUUGAUGUCUUGGACUGUUACAAAGGUGAACGAUUUAUACGAUCUGAAGAGAAACUAAUGUUUUUGACCUCAACAGAUCUAUGUCUGUAUGUGGUGAUAGUGAAAGCACCAACUACUGACAGAAAGAGGUUAGCCUCGUUUUACAACUUGCAUUCGAUUUUCAUAAAAUUUUCACCGUGUGGUCUACACUAAACACAAAAUUAUAAUAUAUUUUAUAGAUGCUGGGUAGAUUUGUGUCUUGUUCAUUUAACGAACACAAUUCAAAUUCUGCAUCAAGUUAUCUGCUGCUCCCCAGUGGCGAAUACGGGAACUUUUUAAAUAUAUGUUUAUUUCAUUCAUCGACCUAUCAAAACCAUUAAAUGCGAAGACUACAUCUAAAAUAUUGAAUUAAAAGGAGCAGAAAGAGGAAUCAUGUCAUACAACCUGCUCCUCUUUCACAGGACAUUCAUUGACAAAGCGAAUAAGUGCAAACGAAUGGAUCUAUUAUAUCUCUUUAGUAAAAACGCUCACAUGGGUUUUAUUAUCUUCGUUUAUUUCUAAUUACUAUUUAUAGAAAAAUGGGUUUAUUGUUGUGAAAACCAAGGAAUCGAAUUAAAGAAAAAUAAAUUUUAAUUUCGUAUUAUCCAAAUAGUAACGCUACAGUAAUGCUGUGAUCAUAAGAAAACGUAUGUACACCAUUUACUUUUUCUUUUCUUUCUACUUGGAAGUUGAAAAUCAGACUUUUGUUUACACCGGAAGUUGGUUGCCCACGUGGCACAACAACAACUACUUCCUUGGUAACUAUCCCGUCCUUGACGACCAGUGGAGGAGGAAACAAGCGGAAUAAUGGCGAAGACAAGCGGCGCAGUGAAAUCCCUGUGGCAGCAGGUUUGUGAUGAGUGUGAAGCGGAGAAGCCCCGUUAUCCCGGUGGGACACACGGCGGCUCAGUGGGCUCCCAGUUCUCCCAGUACAUCAACAGCACAAACUCCACAGUCUCGCAUGGACUCGGCACAGCCAAGGUGCCUGAGGACGGUGACCCUCUGAGAGACUUUGCCACGCUUCUCUCCCACGCUGGUGUUGCUGGUAACUCAGCAGAGGUGACAUCACCUCCACAAUUCCAAAGUCCUGUCACACGCUUCAUUGAAAGGGAGGUGUUUCCAGUGUUGCUGCCUGGAUUGGAGGCUUUGUUAAAAGAAGCUCAGAAACACGGCUGUUUCCAGAGGAAAAUGACAGCAUUUAACCCGUGUGACUUCCUAACUGAGUGGCUGUACAACCACAACCCCCGCAGACAAGGACGGCCUCCGGUGAACAUGUGUGACAUCCCCUUUGUCAAGGACUGGCUCAGCAUGCAUCCCAGACGUCCCAUCCCUCUGUUUCUGCUGCUCACUGAGGACCAGGCGGCUCUGCUGAUUCAGGCUUUCUGGAGGGGAUACAAGAUCAGAGCGCGGCCAGAUGUGCAGGAGCUGCGCCAGUGGCAAAAACAACUGAGAGAGAGCCACGACAUUGCCAAAUCUGUCAGGCAGUUCUGGGCCCAGCAAGAACGCAGAGUGGGAUCAGCUAUGACAGAUCUUCCAGAAAGCCCCCCACCUGGUAACUCUGAUGUGUCCAUCCAAGUGGUUUCCCCCACCCCCCAGAGCACUGUGGUCCACACCCCCACCACCCGGAUGACCCCUGAGGCUGGUGAGUGGCUGACCCCCAGCCUCUGCAGCGUGACUGCAGUGUCCGCGUCGUUUGUCGGACAUCACAAACUGAGCUAGACGCGUGGUACCUUUAACAUAAAUCAUUUGCUCUGUGUUCAGGGUUUUGUGGCAUGUAAAGGCGAUUAACGGCGAUUAAAGUCUGUUACUCAACAAGUAAUAAAUCAAUCAAGCUUCGAAAUGGUCAAAGAUGCUUGUCUGAUUAGUUGUUUUCAUUUCUUUUCUUUUUUGAUGGAACACUGAGUCUGACCCAACAGAGGAACAGCAUGGUUCAUCUAUGAAACUGUCGUGAAGGGAAACCUCUUGUCACAGACCUGAUAUUUCCUCCCAGCACCUCUGGCUGACAGCUCACUGGAAUAUAACCAGUCAUAGUUCCUUGACUUGUUAUUUCCCUUUUCUUUAGCAGUACAGUUUACUGCACAAAAGAGGUUAAAGAAUUUCCAUUGAAGUCAGGAACUGAGGUCAGAGUGAAAGGUGACUCAGCGUACACAGCAGAAUUUUCUCUUCUGUUUAUAAGAAUAUGUUCACUGGUGUGUGACUGACAAUCUGAUAGUGGAGCAAAAAUAAAUACACAAUACAAUAUCCUCCUCAGAUCCACUCACUAUUUUACAAGUGAUAAUAACCCUGUUAUAUAGAUCCUUGUCAGUAGUUAAAUAUUUGAACAUAUUUGUUAUUGAAAAGCUGAUAAAUGUCAAAGAUGGAAAAACUGCAUUAAUAUAAAGUAUUUUUUUAAUUAAAUAUAUCAACAAACUUUACUUGUUAUACAAUAAAAAUAACAUUUCCUAUAUUUUAAUAUUUGGUAUAUGAUAUAAAAGUUGUGUGAUACAUUGAAGCACAGUUCAACCGCAGUUAUAAGGAUUUCACACUGAAUGAUGUUCAAUCCUUUUCUUUUUUAUAUCUUGUGUCUGUAUUCCCAUGUAACAGCACAGUUAGAAUAUUUGAUGUGUUUUGGUCUUUUGCCGAAUAGUUUGACAUUUCACUGGAACCCUGCUGAGUCUGGCAACUUCAGCUGUCUGUCUCUGUGGCAGGGAGCGAUCAAACAGGAUCUUAAAUGUCACCCAUCAGCCUUGGAAAGUUCAUCAAAUUUUAUCUACAAAAAUAUUCUGGAUAAAAAAACUGCAAGCUGCUGAACUGACUGCAGUUCUUUGCUUUCCUUGAUGUCAACUUAAAAGAUUGUGCA